AUGACGUUGAGCUCGGACGAAGGCGAAAUCUCUGAUGCGCCCCAUGAUUUGAAGGCAUCUUCACUGCAGCGCGCUGCUAGAGAAAACGGUGUUGACCGAAGAGACAGACAUCGCGAUACAUCGCCUGAACAUGACACGGCCUCGCGGCACAGCGCCUCCUCCCGACGGAGUCGAUCGCCUAGGGGGUACAAGCGGUCCCGCAAUGACAGGGAAUACAAUGGGCGCAGAGGAGGCUACGAUGAUCGCGGAGGAGAUCGAUAUCACCGCCCUAGGGUCUCAUACGACGACCUAGACGAAGAUUGUAACCGGAGUCGCGAGCGGGAUCGCUUCCGCGAUCCAUACCCCGACAAAAGACAGCGCAAUCGCAGCCGCACACCCGAUCGAGACCGUCGAGCCGAUAACAAACGACUUGACCGUUUUGUGAGGGGAAGUCCUGUGAACAGGCAUCACAGCUCGAAUGGGGGGCUGAGAUAUGAUGACGAUCGCAAGGACGAACGUCGUCGUCCACGAGAGCCGAGGGCUUCCGACACGACGAGGACAUCAGCCCAAGACGAUACGCGUGACGCCAUACCAUUGAAAGGUGGUGCUCAAGCGGCUGAUGAAGCUCUUCCGAUGGAAACACGAAAGACGCCGGAACCUGAACCAGACUAUGCAGAGCCCCAGCCGGUUGACGAAGAAGCAGAGAUCGAGCGAAGACGGAGGCGACGGGAAGAGAUUCUGGCCAAGUCAAGCUCGGCAACGCCCCUUCUGCUACAUGCUAUGGACGUUGACUCGCCUCAGACACCGAGGACGCCAAUCUCCAAUCACGGGUCUCCUCUCUCCCCAGCUUCUCGUGAUGAGUCCUCUCCUGGCGGGAUUGAUCUCUCCAAUGAUAGCAACCUCAUGAACAAGCACAACGUCAAAGACAAAGAAGAGGAUGGACCAUCGGCUGCUGACUACGAUCCAACAGUGGACAUGAAAGAGGAUGAGCGCCGAGAUGAACUUCGUCACGGCCAGGUCGUCCUUCAUGGUGAAGUGCAUCAAGUCGUCGAGACGACCGAGCAGGUGCAAACGGAACCACUGAAGACUGGCAACAACACGGAUGGUGACGAGGACGAGGACGAUUUCGACAUGUUUGCCGAAGACUUUGACGAGGACAAGUACGCCACCACGGCAGCGCCCAAAGCGGCACCCCUUGAAAGCGCUGAGGCUGGCGACGAGCCCAAAGGUGGUAUCCUGGAAGGCGACGACAAGGACGGCUACUACAAGAUGCGCGUGGGCGAGAUCCUCAGCGGACGCUACCAGGUGCAGGCAACACUGGGCAAGGGCAUGUUCUCCAAUGUGUUGCGAGCUGUCGACAUCACCACCAAAAAGCUCGUCGCCAUCAAGGUGAUGCGUAACAACGACGCCCUGCGCAAGGGUGGCUAUACCGAAAUUGCAAUACUCGAGAAACUCAACAGUGCAGACCCGGAGGACCGCAAGCACAUCAUCAAGUUCGAGCGGCACUUUGAUUAUCGGGGUCACUUGUGCAUGGUGUUUGAAAACUUGAGCCUGAACCUGCGCGAGGUGCUCCGCAAGUUCGGCAACAAUGUCGGCAUCAACCUCGGUGCAACGCGGACGUACGCGUACCAGAUCUUUGUGUCACUCGCACACAUGCGCAAGUGCAGUAUUGUACACGCCGACCUCAAGCCUGACAACAUCCUGGUCAACGAGGGUCACAAUGUGCUCAAAAUCUGCGACUUGGGAACGGCUAUUGACAAGACCGACGCGGCGACUGCGCAGACGGUCAUCACGCCGUACCUGGUCAGUCGAUUUUACCGCGCACCCGAGAUCAUCCUGGGCAUGCCCUACGACUACGGCGUCGACAUGUGGUCCAUCGGCUGCACCCUGUACGAGUUGUAUACAGGCAAGAUUCUGUUUGCGGGCGACAGCAACAAUCAGAUGCUCAAGGCCAUCAUGGAUGUGCGUGGCCGCAUUACGCCCAAACUCUACAAGCGGGGUCAGCUGUCAGCCCAGCACUUUGACGAAGCUGGACAAUUCAUCAGCAUUGAGCGCGAUCGCGUUCUCGGAAAGACGAAUGUGAAGACUCUGUCCAUGGCCAAGCCUUCCCGCGACUUACGGACGCGGCUAAUGGCUGCAUCGAGUGGCAUGGCCGAGGGCGAGACGCGAGAGCUCCAUCAGUUUAUCGAUUUGCUAGAGCAGUGCCUGGCGCUGAAUCCUGACAAGAGGCUGAAGCCGGCUGAUGCACUGCGACAUCCAUUUUUCACAACGUCGGUCAGGGGUAGCAGCGGCAGGAAGUAG